UUGAGCCUAAAUUACAACAUUUAAUCGCCAUGAUAAGCAAAGUGUUCCGUGCCAUCAUAAUGGGGCCCCCAGGGUCCGGUAAAGGGACCAUCUCCUCCAGGAUCGUGAGAGACUUUAAGCUGAAUCACUUGUCUAGCGGCGACCUGCUCAGGGCACAGGUGCGAAGUCAAACAGCUGCUGGUUUAAAGGCAAAAGAGUAUAUAGAGCGAGGAGCUUUGGUACCAGACCGGUUAAUGGUGGACCUAAUACUGGAUGAACUGAAAGGAUUAUCAUCCACAGACUGGCUCCUUGAUGGUUUUCCACGCACCGUUGAGCAGGCCAAAGCUUUAGCCGAUGACGUGGCAGUCGACACUGUCAUCAACCUCGAUGUCCCUUUUGACGUCAUUGUCAGUCGACUGGAGGGACGAUGGGUGCAUGCAGCCAGUGGAAGGGUGUAUAACUUGGAAUGGAACCCACCGAAGGAACAAGGUAAAGAUGACGUAACCGGUGAGCCACUCACUCAGCGAGACGAUGACAGGCCAGAGACAGUGUUGGCACGGCUAAAGGCUUACCAGGAAAUGACAACACCAGUAACCGACUUCUUCAGAGAAAUGAACUUACUGGAGCAAUUUACCGGGACCGAGUCUGACAAGAUCUGGCCACACGUUCACAAAUUUCUCUCGUCAAAGUUGCCUCCCACAGGGUAAAUUUCCUACUUUUUAUCCACAAAAUCUUCCUCAAAUUUUCAUAUUUUUUCUGGCGGCUCUUUCCAGUUUCUUCCAAUGAAACUCGGUUUUCAAAAUGACCUUUGAAUACAUUCAUUUGCUUGUUUUAUAUUUUGAAUUAUAACACCUCACCCACAGAUUCUGUGUCUUGAAUGGCCGAGAGCGAGUCACAUAAUACUUUCUAUUUUUGCUAUCUUUCUGUGCACGGCCA